AUUUGAAACAUAUCAUUCACAAUAGAUUCUCACAAUGGAUUUCACACAAAUACCUUUGCUUAUAACCCAGCUAAAUAGUAUUAGCCCGAAGAUCUCUAAUGAUGACAACAUUUCGAGGAAAGAAGCAUUGAAAAUAAGCAAGAAUCUCAUACAAGUCCUCGAGAAACCUGAAAAAUUGGCCCAUGAAGUGGCUUUUUCGCCUUUAAUCACGGUUUCUUCUAUUAUUGCCAUCGAUCUUGAUCUUUUCAGGCUGAUUGUAUAGCACGGCACUGUCAACUCCAAGGAGUUAGAGUCACUCUCAGGCGGAGAAGGGCUACUAGUUGGUACAGUUGUUUAAAUACAGCAUCGAACGCUUAAAUUAAUAGCCGGGGGUGCUGCAUACAAAGGCCUAGAUUAUUUUCGAGAGGUUGGCUACCGUUGCCCUACCGACCCUCGUGAUGGCUUGGUAAAGUAUACAUGCCAGACAAAGCUGAGCUUGUUUCAGUAUUUAGCAGCAAUUCCCAGCGUGUCGAAUGACUUCAACCUGUUUAUAGGAAGUACAAUGGGGACUUGGGGUUAUUGGGUUGACUGGUAUUCAGUUGAGGAACGUCUGCUAAAAGGGGCGUUUCAAGAUACAGCCCUUCUUGUGGACGUAGGAGCUGGUGAGGGCCACGACACACUCAUUCCAUACAAGAUAUCCAAAUCAAGGAUGCCUAGUCCUCCAAGACAUGGUACCUCUAUUUGAUAACAUAUAGGCUGUGAUGGGACCAUUGAGUGUAUGACCUACAACUUCUUUAAUGUACA